AAUUUAAACACAUCAAUUAGUUCUACUUAUAUCCCAACUUAUCAAUCUCCUGAAUACAAUCCUGCAUUAUCCCUAAAUGGUCUAGUAUAUUUCUCACAAGAAAAUGGCUCACAAGAAUAG